UAAAACAACAUUUGCCCCUGUGAUAAUGUUAGAAUACGCUGUAUGUGCUGCUUUUUCCUGCUAGGACUUAGAUUUAAGGUGUAGUUCUCUCUGAUUUUGUUUGCUAACACUGAGGUGAGACUUCAGAGUUUUCUGUGUGACCUCUGACUCCUUCGUUUGCUCUGAGACAUUCCCGAUACUUUCCCACUGAACUGAACAAUGUGCUAACUUUAAUAAAUCACCUUAAACACAGCCCUUCUUCAAUCUGCUCUGCCCCAUGUGGAUGUGUAACAUUGUUGAUAUCCUGUAGCCUGUUGGCAGUGUCCUCUCAGAGACAGACAGAGAGACAGAUGUCUGACCUUUCUCUCUCUCUCUCUCUCUCUCUUUUGCUCUCUCACUCUGUCUCUGCCUCAGCACAAAUUCUGGCUUUUUUUUACAGGAACUAUUAGCCAGCACUGAUCGACACGAGUCUUACACUCAAACACACCCACACUUGCAAGUAUCAUCACAUCGCUACACACACGCACACAAACACACACACACACAAGGUUCUGGAUCUCCUGCAGUACCAGAGGACGGAAGAAGGUGGAAGAAUUUUGGCCUCGAGUCCUGCAGCCGCCUUCAAACCACUGGGAUGAGGUGGUGGCUGGUAGUGGCCACUCUGUGGCUUCUAGUGGCCAUCAACAUCGCAGACUCCCAAGCCAAGGGCAAACUUCGCAACCAAGACGGUGAGAAAAGGAGGGAGGGAGCGAAAAGGAAGAAGGAAGGAAGAGGACAUUUACAGAACAAGACAGGACGGUCUAAACCUCUGAAGAUCAGGCUGGUCCCUGGUCCUAAUGUUCCCAUUGAAGCCCCGGUUGACCAAGGAAACAGUGCGUCCUCGAAGCCACACAACAAUCUUCAAGAAAAACACUCGACCUACAACAUCAUCCCAGGUAAGCAGGGCCACUGUGUGUACCGGGGUAUAACCCUGUUCGACCAGGCCGUGUGGUCUCCAAAGCCCUGUGUGACCUGUCUGUGCACCAGAGGGCGAGUGGUUUGUGAUGAGGUCACAUGUCCCGUCGUGUCCUGUCACUUCCCUUUUAUUCCUUCUGGGGAGUGCUGCCUUGUCUGCAUGGAGCCAGCAACCCACCACCCUAAACCUGCACUCAAUCCUGACCUCAACAUUGACCUUUCUGGUGACUCCCCAGUUCCUAAUGACCCUGGUGAUUCUGUGACCCCGCUGACCCAUGAAGAGAUCCAACGAAUUCUCCGGCGUGAGGAAGAGGAGCACAGAAAAGAGGAGGAGCGUCUAAGGAAGAAGGACGAGGCAAGGAAGAAGAGGAGGAAGGAGAGGAAGGAGCAGGAGGAGAGACAACGAAAGAUAGUGGAGGAAAAAAGGAGGCAAGAGGAGCAGGCCUUGAGGCUCCAGAUAGAGAAGGAGGAGGAGGAGUGGCAGAGACAGAUGGAAGAGCGAAAGAGGCAGGAGGAAGAAAGGAAGCUGCAGGAGGCGGAAGACAAGAAGAGGAAGGAAGCAGCUGAGAGAGAAGCAAGGGAAAGGGAAAGGAAACUGGAGGAAGAACGACGAAGGCACGAAGAGCUCCUUAGGGAGAAAAUAUGGACUUUGGAAAAUGAGGAUGAAAAAAUGUGGCCGGAGGAGGCAGAGGAGGAGGAGGAAGAGAGAGUGUGGCUGAGAGGAGAUGUGUUUCAGAUGCCUCCAAAAGAACCUGAAGAACCAGACCUUAUUCCUGCUCCAAUCCCCAAACCCCCGGUGGAGAUAGAGCAUGAGCUGGAGCUGGAGGAAGGAAAUGAGGAUCCGGAAGAGGAUGAGGAAAGGGAGGAGGUGCAGACAGUAAACAGAGGAGGUCUUCCACCAGGCUGUGACAUUUCAGAUGUCACUGUGACGUGUGAGAAUGCCAAACUCCUUCACUUUCCUCCAAUGUCUAUUCCUGAGCUUACAUCCCUGAGUCUGGAGGGUAACAACAUCAGCAGCAUCCCAGCAGGAGCUUUCAAUGGUAUUCCCAACUUGGAAUGGAUCAACUUGAAGAAAAACAAACUCACUUCUGCCAGUAUCGACCCGAUGGUCUUCAAAGGUCUGAAGAAGCUGCGGCGUCUCUACUUGGAUGGGAAUCUUCUAGAAUACCUGCCCUCUAACCUUCCCCCCACAUUACAGGAACUGAAGAUUAGUGAGAAUAAGCUCAGAAGGAUCGAUGAAAACAGCUUCAAAGAUCUGAGCAGCCUGGUGAUCCUGGAACUGGAAGGAAACCUGUUAAGCGAGGGACAUGUAGAUCCUUUGGCCUUUGCUCCCCUCGUCCAACUGUCCUACCUCAGACUGGGCAGGAACCACUUCCGCACCAUACCACAGGGCCUGCCCGCUUCACUCCUGGAGCUGUACUUGGAGAACAACAUGAUUGAAGAAAUCUCAGAGACUGUUUUCAAUCAGACCAGAAAUCUCAAUAUGAUUUCUCUGAGACACAACAGACUGGAUGAGACCAGAAUUGCACCACUGGCGUGGUUUAGCCACAGAAAUCUGGAGUCCAUUGACCUUUCACACAAUGACCUUUAUCUGGUUCCUUCCUACCUGCCCACGUCUCUGGUUCAUUUAGUGCUAGUUGGAAACAAAAUAGAGAGGAUACCUGGUUACGUCUUUGCCCACAUGGACCCUGGUCUGGAGUAUCUCUACCUAUCCUACAACAAACUGGAUGGGGACGGAAUAGAACCAGAGUCGUUCUUUGGCACAUAUCAGUCCAUGGUGGAACUAUGUCUGGACCACAACCAGCUGGUCAACGUACCGUCUGGGAUCAACGAGAUGACUAACUUACACUUUCUCAGACUCAACAACAACAAGAUCAGAAGUGUCCCUGACGAAGGCAUCUGUGACCCAAACUACCACGGAGAUUCCACUCUGGUGACACUGAGGCUGGAAAACAACUACAUUGACCCCUUGAAAAUCUCACCUACAGCCUUUUCCUGUGUACGCUCCUCAUCGAGUGUCACCCUAAAACCACAGAACAUUGUCCGCACGCCACAGAAAACCAGACAUUAAACACUUGACCAAAAGAUUUAGAGGAAAUAAAAUCAAAUCGAAUCCAAAGCUUCCCCUAACAAAUACACUACUCUCACCAGAGGACAACACAUUAGGCCUGGUGGACAAAAAUAAAGAAGGGGAAAUAAAAUGCAUCAUUCAUUUCAUUUGCCUUAUGGAAAAUCCUGUCCUGUUGAAAUGUCCUGGCUCUUAUACACUUUCCUACUAAGUUGUUGCAGGGCUGAAGUUAUGGAGGUAAAAGAACAUGUUCGCAUGUUCAAAAUGAAAGACAUCUGUCUCCUUUUGAGAAAUGUUAAACUACCUAAACUGGGGGUUGGGGUCGGAGGGUGGAGGUGGGAGGGGGGUCCUAAACGCUAAUAAAGAAAUGGAAAGAAUUCUAUAAAAUGAUACCACAAGCCUCAGACAUUUUUUUUAAAAACAACCUCAGCACCUUUACGUUCCAUUGCUCAGCUCAAUUUCUUCCAGUUCCUGCCAUAAAAAUCUCUGACAUGGAAAAGAGCAGUUACAGAAAAUCACAUGAACAUAUGCCAUAUCCUUGACAUUCAGAGUGUUUCAACUGCUAAGGGUUAAAGGAUUAACUUAAAGUGAAGGUUUGGUAGAGGAUACAUCCUUGUAAUGGAUGAAGCAGUCGUAGGUGUAAAGACAUGUUUGCUGUUUUCUUUUUGUGCAUUCUUUCCACAGUUAUUAUGCUUAUGUAUGUGCAAUAUGGAGAAACAUUUAAUUGGCAAUCUCUCCUAAUCAAACAGAGCAAUAUUCCGUAAAAGGCUGCAAUUUAUUAUUUUCACUAACUGUUCAUUUCAGCAGUCAACAGAAGGUUCGUUUAAGAUUUAUAUGGAUGAGUAAUAUUGAUGUAGUCCCAGGAAACACUUAAUAAAACGAAUAACAAUGAAGAAACCCCAGAUGAGUUGUGAUGUUUGAAGCCAAACAGGUUCCUGAGAGCUUUUGCUCACACUAAAUCUUUACUUCACAAUUUCUGUCAGUGUUUGCUGGCAAAUGAAACAAGAAUAAUUUGUCGACACAAUACAGCAGUGAUUAAUGGUGUAAUAAAAACAAAGUAAAUCAACUUGGAUCUGGUAAAAACAACAUUUUUUCUAAAAAGUGAGAAGUCGCAACCUUUAGUGUAUACUGUUUUUUUUUUUUUUUGACUGAGCAGAAAGAAUAUAACCGAGGAUUUAUUGCUGUCCUUUCAAGUUAUUGAUGUUUUACUCCAGUCAAUCCAGUCUCCUCACAGCUGGCUGGCCACUGUCUGAUUUAUAUAAUGAAUGUCUAUGAUCAUAAGGUUUUGAAAAUGCCUUAAAGCUACAGCUAAAAUUAAGACUAUGGUGUUGUGUUAUGUUAAAAUGUGUCAUGCAGAUCACCACAAAAAAAAACAACUAUUUCAAUAAAUAAUCGCCCGCCUCCGCUCUGCUGAAAGGAAAUCUCAGCUGCACACAAAGAAAACUCACAGUUCUCAUUGUUUCUGGAGAAAAAUGUCUUGUGAACAGCGUGACUCAACUGCUAAAAAAGCUGUCUGUUUUUGUCGUUCAAUAAAUAUUCCUGUGGCCACAAAAAAAGGCAGUUCAGAUUGAACCAAACAAAAAAUGAUGUUUGGUUCAAUAUUGUGAUGCAGAUAAACAUCCGCGUGGUCUGAAUGAUCAGUAUGAAAAGUUGUCAUCAAUAAAAAACUAAUAUAAAUAAAUAUGAAUACACAAAUACAUGGCCAAACUGGAUCUUAGAAAGUAUACAUCAAUCAUCUGAGAACUGCAGUCAAUUAAAAAAAAGAAAAGUGUGAAUGAUGCAAAGUUUGGAAUCAGGCGAGGCAAGCUGCAUAUUCCCAUCUGUAAAACAGAGGAGGGUCUGUCUGAGACACGUGUUGACACUGAACGCAAAUACUUGACCUGUGAGGUUCACGAGCUACAUAUCCAAACAGUAUUGGAUUAUUAGCCAGUUCAGGAAUUUGUGCCAGCAGUAGAAAUAUUCAAUAAGGCC